CACCAAUUUGGUUGGCUCCCAUGCUGGAAAUACGUCAUCCACACGCGCCACCCGGAAGCCGCGGUUCAUACAGUUAUUGCCGGUGGCCCUAAGGAGCCCAUCAUGGCGACACCCCCCAAACGGCGGGCUUUGGAUACUGUGGGAGAGAAAGUGCUGCGGUACGAGGCCUUUAUCAGUGAUGUACUGCAGCGAGACUUGCAAAAGGUGCUGGAUCAUCGAGACAAGGUAUAUGAGCAGCUGUCUGUAUACCUUCAACUGAGAAAUGUCAUUGAGCGACUCCAGGAAACUAAUCACUCGGACUUAUAUAUGCAGGUGGAUUUGGGCUGUAACUUCUUCGUUGACACAGUGGUCCCAGAUACUUCACGCAUCUAUGUGGCCCUGGGAUAUGGUUUUUUCCUGGAGUUGACACUGGCUGAAGCUCUCAAGUUCAUUGACCGAAAGAGUUCUCUCCUCACAGAGCUCAGCGACAGCCUCACCAAGGACUCCAUGAAUAUCAAGGCCCAUAUCCACAUGAUGCUAGAGGGACUUAGAGAACUACAAGGCCUGCAGAAUUUCCCAGAGCCAUCUCCCCAUUGACUGCUUCUUCCCAUCUAAUAUUAAAGAGCCGAAUGUCUUGGAA